AUUACUUAACAAUUACCUUAGAAAUAAUUUAGUUUAACCAAUGUUCCUUUUAUUCUUAUUUAUGGUUCCAAAAUUAACCGGGUUAUUACCUAUUCCGGUGCAUUUGAUAAUGUAAUAACACCUUAUAUUCAGAUAAUUCCAAUAAUAACGUUGCCAUGGACAUGUUAUUGAGUUUGUCAAUAUACCUAAUAGGAAUUUGGUUGUGUAUUCUUACAGUUAGAAUGCAUUAUUUAUUGAUGUUUUAUUUUCAUUAAUAAUCAUCAUCUUUUAAAAAUGAAUGAAAGUGAGUUGAGAAAACUUUUGCAAACAAAGAAUGGUUGUCGGGUACCCGCCAUGCGGCCUAUUCCGGAUAUUCACAAUAUGGAUAAACUGCCCUUCGUGCCACUGCCACCAUACAAUAGAAUUAAGGACAAGCAGGCAAAAUUUCGUAAAGUUCUUGAAGAAAAGGCAAGCAAAAGAAAGGUGGAGAUUGCCUGUCCUCCAUUACAACGUCGUGAACGGGAUCUUAUUGAGAUAGCACAAUCACGGCAUAUAGAUGUGUUGCGUGAAUGUGCAGAGAAGAUACGCCCGCCGCCAAUGCUGAAGUCAUGGGAAAGGAAAAUAUGUAGUUUGAUACCUUCAAAACUACGUCAGACAUUUCCUUCUAUGAUGGAAGAAUUAAUUGAAGAGAGCAAAAACGAGUGGAAUCGUAACAUUCAUGAUCUCGCUGUUAAAACCGUCAUUCGCGAAGUACCUGGCGUUCCUCGCAAACGUUAUGAAGAGCCUUAUUUCAAAUUUAAAGGUGUCACCGAACUUCAUGACAAGAUGGUCAAAUAUCGAAAGAAACUUCAGGAUGGCUCUCUUUUAUUACAUCCUUUCAUUCGACUGAUUCUUGAAUCAUCCGGAAGGAUGUUUCCUACUGCCAUAAUUGAUUUAGCAAAAUACCGGGUCAAAGGCCCUAUGAAUUUAGAAGAAUUUCAAAAUAAUGUAAUGGAUAUGAUUAAACGUGCUGACUAUUUAGUAUCGAGUACUUGGUAUUCGGUACUUGUUCAAUGGUUAAAAAAUCCAAGAUGUCUAAGAGGUAUGCGCCCAAAAAGAAUACCAGGUUUCGUAAAAUGUGCUACCAAAAUGAUCUCAAUCCAGAUACAGGAGCUAAUGCGUAGAUCUAUAGACGCUAUCAUAGAGUCACUCUAUGAUGCUGAUUCAAUACCCAUUUUAAAUAUUGCUUUAGAUUUUAACGGAGAAUUUGUAUAUGAUCCGUCGCUUGAGACUGUAUACAGUGUUUAUCAUGGCAUUGCAGAUGCAAUAUCAAAUAUUUCCCAAAGGCUUAUGCCUAUAGAACAAUAUUUGAAGAUACCAUACAACUACGAUGCAUUACCAGUGCUGUAUAAUGAGUGGUUAUACAAAGACGGUCAUGAAAGGUUACAAAAACGGUUAGACGCGGUAUUCACACCGCUUAUUCAAUAUUUAGAACGAUUAAGGAAUGAAUACAACAUGCUAUACGGAGCUCCAGCAAAAGCUGCUCUGAUAAGAUUCAUAAAUGAUACUCCAGAAUUUGACAGAGGCCGAGACAAAAUAAAAUACUUUCAAUCUAUAUAUUCGGAUAUAACUGCAGUUUUGGAAAAUGAAUAUUUUAAUUGUGCAGUUGUUUGUCAGCUGAGAAUGGUUGAUGGCUUGAAAAGUAAAACUUUAGAAUUCGUCAAUGACAUAAUAAUAGGCAUAGUUAAUGGACAUAUGGAAGAAAAUACCAGCAUUUGUUCGGCGUUUGAAGAAAUAGCGGUAAAAGCUCUAAAGGAACCAGAAAAUGCAGCUGAAUUGAUAGAACAAGGUGUAUAUAUUUUAUACGCCAAAACAGUUUUAGUAGAAGCUUUAAAAGAAAGAAUUUUAUCUCAAAUCAAUAUAAUCUCUAAUCUAUUAGAAAUGACAUCAUUGAGUUCUGAACACGUAGCAUCUAAUACGCGAACGGUGAAUUGGUUAACAGAUAUCAAACCUAUAUUUGAAAAAAAUGCUGCUGCAUAUGAAACAUUUAAAGCAGAAAUGGAAGAAAAUCUUCUUGCAAAAAUUACAUACCUCAAUAAGGAAGUUUUGGAAAUUACACCGUACUUGGAACUUCUAGACCAUAUGGAUGAUAUCGAUCAUACUCUUGAAUAUUUAGAAUAUCUGAGAAAACUUGUACAUCGUUUAGAUGACUGUAAUAAACUUGUGGCAUGGAUAAAUAAUGAAGAAGCUACUUUUAAAUUUCCACUAACAAAUUAUACUGAUUUGGAAGAGUUAAAAGAUUUCAUUUUACCAUUCCAUAGUCUUAUUUACUUAGUUCAUAGGUGGAAACGAAGUUACUACACAUGGAUGGAUGGACCAUUCGAGUACAUGGAUCAUGAUCAAAUUGAACAAGAUCACGACUUUUAUUACAAAGAAUUUUUGAAAUUAUCGAAGAAUUAUAAAAACAAAAUUAAGCAACAAAUAGCUGAAGGCGUCGAAAAACGAUUUCAGGGUCUUGUUGAUGAUCCUGAUGUUAAUAAUCUUCCUGCCCCUAUGAAACUUUGUGCACAAGCUAUUGCGGAAAUUAAGAGCUGGAGACCAAAUGUUCAAAUGGCUCACAUAAUGUGCAAUCCAGCAUUAGUACAACGCCAUUGGGAUGAAAUGUCAACAAUCGCAGGGUUCGAUCUUACACCUACAGCUGGAACUUCAUUACGUAAAAUUAUAAAUUUCAAUCUAUGGGAUGAUAUUGAUCAGUACGAAAUAAUAAGUGUGGCUGCAACCAAAGAGUUAGCACUAAUAACUAAUUUGAAUAAAAUGAUGGCCGAAUGGACAGACAUAUGUUUUAAAACAAGCCCUUAUAAAGACACUGGAAUAUUUAUAUUGUCGGGACUUGAUGAUAUUCAAAGUGUUCUAGAUGACCAUAUUGUUAAAACAGUUGGUAUGCGUGGCUCUGCUUUUGUUAAACCAUUUGAAGUUCAAGUAAGAGCCUGGUAUGACAAAAUUAUGAGGGUGAACGGCACUAUUGAUGAAUGGGGAAAAGUUCAAAGUCAGUGGUUGUACUUAUUGCCUAUAUUUUCUUCAAAAGAUAUAGUUGCACAGAUGCCGGAAGAAGGAGUGAUGUUUGUAGAAGUCAAUAAUAUUUACCGUCGAUAUAUGGGUUCAGUUGAUAAAGAUCCCCAUGUGCUAGAAAUAGCUGGUGGAACUGGAGUUUUGGAGUCAUUCAAAGCUGCAUCUGCAUUUUUAGAAAAAAUCAAUGAUGGUGUCAAUAAUUAUUUAGAAAAAAAGCGAUUGUAUUUUCCUAGAUUUUUCUUUUUGUCAAAUGACGAAAUGUUGGAAAUCUUAUCCGAAACUAAAAAUCCACUUAAAGUACAACCACAUUUGAAAAAAUGUUUCGAGGGAAUUAAUAGACUAGUAUUUGAUGAAGAAUUUAAUAUAUCUGCAAUGAUAUCAAUGGAAGGUGAACAAGUAGAAUUUUUAGAUAUUAUAAAUGUAGCCGCUGCUCGAGGUUCUGUAGAAAAAUGGCUUGUUCAAGUAGAAGAACAAAUGCUUGCAGCAGUGAAAUCAGAAACGGAAUUGUCAUAUUACGAUUAUCCGAAUAUGGGUCGUGUAGAAUGGAUACUGUCUUGGGAAGGCAUGGUGGUUUUGGGAGUAUCUCAAAUCUAUUGGGCUAUGGAUGUUCAUGAAGCCCUAAGUACUCAUAAACUAAGCGAACUUCAAGCUUUUCACGUACAUUUAACUAAACAACUAAAUGAAACUGUUGCAGUUAUUCGACGCACAGAUUUGACUAAACUUAGUAGUAUUACUGUCAAAGCUCUUAUUGUUAUUGAUGUACACGCAAAGGAUGUAAUAUUUGAACUAGUAGGGAAGAAUGUCACUGAAGUUACAGAUUUUCAAUGGCUUGCACAGUUACGAUAUUAUUGGGAACAAGAAAGAGUAUUCGUUAAAAUUAUUAAUGCUACUGUCGAUUAUGCUUAUGAAUAUUUAGGUAAUUCUGAUCGCUUGGUCAUAACUCCUUUAACAGACCGUUGCUAUCGCACUCUAAUAGGUGCUUAUUAUCUACACUUAAAUGGCGCUCCUGAAGGCCCCGCUGGAACCGGUAAAACUGAAACUACGAAGGACUUGGCCAAAGCUCUCGCUGUACAAUGUGUAGUUUUCAAUUGUUCUGAUGGAUUAGAUUACAAGGCCAUGGGUAAGUUUUUUAAAGGCUUAGCAUCGUGUGGCGCGUGGGUUUGUUUCGACGAAUUCAAUCGAAUCGAAGUCGAAGUAUUGUCUGUCAUAGCACAACAAAUUCUAUGCAUUGUACAAGCAGUAAGGCAACAUUUAGAAACAUUUGACUUUGAAGGCACAAUUUUAACUUUGAAUCCUGCUUGUUACGUUUGUAUUACAAUGAAUCCAGGUUACGCUGGACGUUCAGAAUUACCAGAUAAUCUUAAAGUAUUGUUUCGUACGGUUGCAAUGAUGGUUCCAGACUAUGCUAUGAUAGGAGAAAUAUCAUUGUAUUCGUUUGGUUUCAUUGAUGCCCGAAAUUUAUCUAUUAAAAUAGUAACUACAUAUCGUCUUUGUUCUGAACAGCUGUCAUCACAAAAUCAUUAUGAUUACGGUAUGCGAGCAGUUAAAACAGUUCUGUCUGCUGCGGGUAACUUAAAAAGAAACUUUCCUAAUGAAAGCGAAAGCAUACUUUUACUUAGAUCAAUUACUGACGUUAAUCUACCCAAAUUUUUAUCGUUUGAUGUGCCUUUAUUUGAGGGUAUUAUAUCAGAUUUGUUUCCUGGAAUCAGCUUACCAAAACCAGAUUAUGUAAACUUUUUAAAUGCUUGUCAUGACUGUUGUAAAAGAAAUAAUCUUCAACCAAUGGAAUGCUUUUUAAUUAAAAUUAUUCAAACGUAUGAAAUGAUGAUUGUUCGACACGGGUUUAUGUUAGUUGGUGAUCCAUUUGCUGGUAAAUCUGUAACAUUAAAAGUAUUAUCAGAAGCGCUGACUCUGAUGGAAGAAAGAAAACAACCUGGUGGAUGUACUAGCACUUAUAAAGUUUUAAACCCCAAAGCUGUUACAAUGGGUCAGCUCUAUGGUGCCUUUGAUCCUAUUUCUUAUGAAUGGACAGAUGGAAUUGUUGCUACAAUGUUUAGAGAUUUCGCUUCUGAAGAUACUCCUGUUAGAAAAUGGAUUGUUUUUGAUGGCCCUGUUGAUGCUGUGUGGAUUGAAAACAUGAACACAGUUUUAGACGAUAAUAAAAAGCUCUGUCUAACAUCAGGAGAGGUAAUGGCUAUGUCUAAUGUUAUGUCAAUGAUAUUUGAAGUUAUGGAUCUUUCUCAAGCAUCUCCAGCAACGGUAUCAAGAUGCGGUAUGAUAUAUAUGGAGUCCUCCUCACUUGGCUUUAUGCCAUUUUAUAAAUCGUGGAUUAACACUCUCAAUCCAAUAUGGUUGGAAGAAAAUGAAGAAUUUAUUUUUGACAUGUGUGAAUGGUUAUUUGAUCCUUUAGUGUAUUAUGUUAGAAAAUAUUGUGGACAACUAGUAACAGGCGGAGAAGUCAAUUUAGUGAUUAGCUCUCUUCGACUAAUUGAAAUGUUAAUGGAUAAUGCCAUAGAAGGCGAAGAAGAUACCAAGUACACAAGGACAUGGUUUUUGGCAUCAUUUAUGACUGCAAUGGUCUGGGGAGUUGGAGGAAUACUAAAUACUGAAUCCCGAGAAAAGUUUGACGAUUUAGUGAAAGAAUAUUUUAGAGGUGAGAAAGGAAUACCCGAUAAAUUAGAUCGCUUAGAUGUGUCAAUACCUUCCGAAGGUAUGUUAAUUGAUCAUUACUAUAUGUAUAAAGGGAAAGGAUGCUGGAAACCUUGGCCGGAAGCUGUAAAAGCAGUCCAAGCAAAAGAACAAAUCAAUCUCCUGCAAACUGUAAUACCUACCUUAGAAACUGAGAAAUACAUAUUCCUUUUGAGACUACACACAAAAUUCUCUAAACCUCUCUUACUUAUUGGACCUACUGGAACUGGUAAAAGCUUUUAUGUUCAGAAUUUCUUAAUGAAUUGUCUUGAUAUGGAUAAAUAUACUCCCGGAUUUAUAACAUUUACAACAACAACAUCUGCUAAUCAAACACAAGAUUUAGUUAUUUCAAAACUAGUCAAGAGACGAAAAAAUAACUAUGGUCCUACCAAAGGAAAACAAGCCAUAAUUUUUAUUGAUGAUAUGAAUAUGCCGGUUAAAGAAGUAUAUGGUGCGCAACCAGCUAUUGAAUUACUAAGGCUAUAUUUUGACCAAAAACAUUGGUAUGAUCUUAAAACAACAGAAAAAUUAUAUAUAUACGAUACAUUUUUUUACGGUGCUAUAGGACCUGUGGGCGGUAGUCGACAACUAAUAUAUCCCAGAAUGUUACGACAUUAUAAUAUUUAUUCAAUAAAUGAAUUUUCAAAGGAAAGUAUGACUAAAAUAUUUACCUCUUUAUUACAACUAGGUUGGAGAAGAAAUGGAUUUGGUCAAGAUACGCAACCCAUAAUAGUAAACAUUAUAUCGGCAACAAUGGAAAUAUAUGAUCAAGCAACAGAAGGCCUAAGACCAACACCUGCUAAAUCACAUUACAUAUUUAAUUUAAGAGAUUUUUCGAGAGUUAUACAAGGUUGCGCUUUAUUGAGAAAAGAAUCAGCCGAUAGCAAAAAAACUUUUACAAGGGUUUGGGUUCAUGAAAUCAUGCGGGUAUUUUAUGACAGAUUGGUCGAUAAGGUAGAUCGUACCUGGUUUUUUGGAAUUCUCAAAAAGUCUACUCGUGAGUUCAUGAAAGACACUUUUGAGUCGGCUCUAGAUACCUAUCAAGAGGAUAGUGGCGAAGUUACACAAGACAGUAUAAAAAAAAUGAUGUUCGGUUGUUACUUAGAUACUGAAAGUUUAGAAGGAGAACGACGUUAUGAUGAAUUGCCUUCUAAAGAGUUAUUUUUAAACGUAGCGAUAUCAAUGUUAGCUGAAUACAACUCUAUGCAUAAAGCAAAAAUGACGAUAGUUUUAUUCGAUUACGCUUUGGAACAUUUAUCUAAAAUAUGCCGUUUACUAUCAAUGCCCUCGGGAAAUGCAUUGUUAGUGGGAGUCGGUGGAUCUGGGCGUCAGUCACUUACACGAUUAGCCAGUACAAUUUUAGGACAGCAAGUUUUUCAACCAGAAAUAACUAAGUCUUACAGUGUUAAAGAUUGGCAUGAUGACAUAAAAUUAAUUCUUCGUGAAUCUGGGGGCUUAAAUAAAGAUACUACAUUUUUGUUUACUGAAAGCCAAAUUAAAGAAGAAAUAUUCAUUCAGAACUUAGACAGCCUCUUAAAUUCUGGGGAGGUGCCAAAUUUAUACGGUCUAGAUGAAAAGCAAGAAAUUUUAGAAUUAGUUCGAUUAGCUGCUCAAGGCGGAAAUAGAAAUUUAGAUAUAAGUCCACUUCAAAUUUUGUCUUUUUUCGUAGGACGAUGUAAAGCCAAGUUACAUGUUGUAUUAUGUUUUAGUCCUAUUGGAAGUUCUUUUAGAACAAGAUUAAGACUUUAUCCAUCUUUAGUGAAUUGUUGUACAAUUGACUGGUAUGAUAGUUGGCCUGAAGAUGCAUUAGAAAUGGUAGCUCAUCACUUCAUGGUUAAGGUGAAUGUACCGGAUACAGUAAAAUUAUCGGCUGUUGUAGCUUGUAAACAAUUUCAUGUUGAUGCUCGCAUUGUUUCUGCUGACUUUUAUAGUAAACUUGGAAGAAAGACUUACAUAACAUCAGCUUCAUAUCUUGAUUUAAUAAAGUCAUUCACUACAUUGACAAACAGAAGGCAAAGAGAAUUAAGAGCAGCAAAAUUACGAUAUACAAAUGGUUUAGAUAAACUAAGUCAAGCUGCAGAAGCUGUGUCAAUAAUGCAGCGUGAUCUUAAUGCAUUAAAACCACAACUAAUUAUUAUGGCUGCUAAAUCUGCAAAAAUGAUGGAAGAAAUAGAAGUAGAAACAGUUACAGCCGAUAAAGCUGCUGCUCAAGUAAGAGAAGAUCAAAAAGUUGCAAAUGUACAAGCAGCUGCAGCACAAGAAUUGAAAAAAGACUGCGAAGCUGAUUUAGCGCUUGCACUGCCUAUUUUAGAAGAUGCCAUAGCAGCUUUAAAUACACUAAAACCUGGUGAUAUAACUAUUGUAAAAUCCAUGAAAAAUCCACCUGCUACCGUUAAAUUAGUUAUGGCUGCUGUAUGUGUGAUGAAAGGAAUCCCUCCAGAUAAAAUACCCGAUCCAGAUAAUCCAGGCAAAAAGAUGUUCGAUUUCUGGGGACCAAGUAAAAGAAUUUUGGGUGACAUGGGAUUCUUAGAUUCCUUACGAAAUUUCGAUAAAGAUAACAUACCUAUAGCUACAAUGCAAAAGAUAAGAAAAGAAUAUUUGUCGAAUAAAGAUUUUAAACCACAUAUCAUUGCUAAAGCAUCAGCAGCAGCUGAAGGUUUGUGUAAAUGGAUAAUAGCUAUGGACAUGUACGAUGCAGUUGCCAAAGUGGUAGCUCCAAAGAAAGCUAAACUGGAAGCUGCAGAAAAAGAAUUUGCUGAAACUAUGGCAAUACUAGAAGAAAAAAAAGCAACUGUAGCGCGAUUAGAAGCUAGAUUGGCUGAAUUAAAUGAAGCUUUAGAAGAAGCUAAUAUUAAAAAGAAAGCUUUAGAAGACGAGGUACAAUUAUGUAUAGACAAAUUAUACAGAGCGGAAAAACUUAUCGGUGGUUUAGGGGGUGAAAAAGUUCGUUGGACCGCAGCUGCUGAAAAUUUGCAAUUACUGUAUGAUAAUUUGGCUGGAGACAUAUUAGUAUCCUGUGGUAUAAUUGCGUAUUUAGCCCCAUACACAUUACCAGUUAGAAUGGAAAUUAUUGAUAAGUGGCGUGCACUUGUUAUUAAAUUGGACAUGCCACAUUCCGAGGUGUUUUUAUUUAAAGAUAUCUUAGGAUCUGAUAUAAAGAUUCAAAAUUGGUGUAUAGCGGGAUUGCCUCGUGAUUCUUUUUCUAUUGAUAAUGGAAUAAUACAAGAUAACUCGAUGCGAUGGUCACUGUUAGUUGAUCCACAGGGGCAAGCAAAUAAAUGGAUUAAAACUAUGGAAAAAUCUAAUGAUUUACAAGUACUUAAGUUUACAGAUGGAAACUACAUGAAAGUAAUUGAAACAUGUUUGGAGUAUGGUAAGCCAGCAUUGAUAGAUUGUAUCUUAGAAGAUGUUGAAGCACCUUUGGAUCCAGUUUUACUGAAACAUACUUAUGUUCAGGGCGGUAAAGAAUUUAUAGCUUUGGGUGAAAAUGUCAUUGAAUAUCAUCCAAAUUUUAGACUUUACAUGACUACUAAGUUAAGAAAUCCUCAUUAUUUACCAGAAGUAUUCAAUAAAGUAACCCUCAUAAACUUUGCUUUGACUAAAGAUGGUUUAGAAGAUCAGUUGUUAGGUAUAGUUGUAGCUAAAGAAAGACCAGAUUUACAAGAGAAGAGAGAAAAAUUGAUUGUUCAAGGAGCAGCUAAUCGUGCAGCUCUAAAGCAAGUUGAGGAUGACAUUUUACGUACUUUGCAGGAAUCAAAAGGUGACAUUCUCGAGGAUGAAACAGCAAUAGAAGUUUUAGACUCUUCUAAAUUACUCGCAAUAGAUAUAAUGAAAAAACAAGAAGCGAGUGUAGAAACGGAGACUAUAAUAGAGAAAUUUAGACUUGGUUAUCGACCAAUUGCUUCUCAUUCUGCAGUUCUCUAUUAUUGUGUGACUGAAUUGCCUAAUGUAGAUCCUAUGUAUCAGUAUUCAUUAACUUGGUUUAUUAAUUUAUAUGUCAUAUCCAUUGAAAAUGCCAAUAAAUCCAAAGAUCUAGAUAAGAGAUUAAAAUUUUUAAAAGAUACCUUUACAUAUAAUUUGUAUAGUAAUGUUUGUCGAUCGCUUUUUGACAAGGAUAAAUUAAUGUUUUCCUUUAUUAUGUGUUCAAAAAUGAUGCUGUCGACAGAAGAAAUGAAUCGAGAUGAAUAUUUGUUUCUUAUAACUGGUGGUAUAGCUGUAGAAAAUCUGUUAAAGAAACCAUUUGAUUGGUUACCAGAUAAAAGUUGGGAUGAAAUAUGUCGCAUAAGCGAUUUACCUGCUUUUACAGGUUUUAAAGAUCAAUUUAUUAGUAACAUUAAUAAAUGGAAGGAAGUAUACGAUGACUUAGAACCUCAUAACAAAGCAUUACCUGCUGGAUGGAAUGAUAAACUAACUGUUUUUCAAAAAUUAUUGGUAAUUAGAAUAUUAAGACCUGACAAAUUAACUUCUGCUUUAUCUGAUUUUGUAGAAAAGCAAAUGGGCAAAAAAUAUAUUACACCUCCUCCAUUUGAUAUCAGUAAAUCAUUUGGGGAUUCAAAUUGUCUUGCACCUUUGAUAUUCAUUUUGUCACCGGGUUCAGAUCCUAUGGGAGCACUGAUUAAAUAUUGUGAAAGAAUGGGCUAUUCACAUAGAUUCAAUUCAAUAUCGUUGGGUCAAGGACAAGGACCUAUAGCUAGAUCCAUGAUAGAAAAAGCACAACUAGAGGGUGGAUGGGUAUGUCUGCAAAAUUGUCAUUUAGCUGUUUCUUGGCUUCCUGUUCUUGAAAAAAUUAUUGAAAGCUUUGAUUUAACAAACACUGACCUCAGCUUCAGACUGUGGUUAACUAGUUAUCCGUCUGACAAAUUUCCACAAUCUGUACUACAGGUUGGAGUAAAGAUGACGAAUGAACCCCCCACUGGUCUUCAACACAAUUUGAAUCGAUCAUAUAUAUCUGAACCAUUAAAGGAACCUGAGUUUUUUGAAGGAUGCCGUGAUAAAGAUAAACCUUUUAGCAAAUUACUAUAUGGCAUAAGUUUCUUUCAUGCUGUUGUGCAAGAAAGAAAGAAGUUUGGCCCGCUAGGAUGGAAUAUACAAUAUGGUUUUAAUGAUUCCGAUUUUCAGAUAUCAGUUAUGCAACUACAAAUGUUUUUGAAUCAGUAUGAAGAAAUUCAAUACGUGGCCAUAAAAUAUUUAACCGGUGAAUGCAAUUAUGGUGGCCGUGUCACUGACGAUUGGGAUCGGAGAUUAAUAGUUACAAUAUUAGAUAAUUACGUUAAUGCUGGUGUCGUUAAUGACCCGAAUUAUUUAUUUUGUGAUUUAGGACCGCAAUAUGGGUUAUCGAGGCGGUGUGAAUAUCAAGACUAUCUCAAACAUAUUGAAACCGUACCUGUUAAUCCACCACCUGAAGUAUUUGGGUUACAUAUGAAUGCCGGAAUAACUCGUGAUUAUUCGAUUUCAAUGGCACUCACAGCCGCCUUGGUUCUCGUAGAAGGAACUGGGUCUGGUGGUGAGAGCGGAAAUACUGAAGUUAUUCUUGUACAAAUGGCGUCUGAAAUUUUGUCUAAGUUACCUACAAAGUUUGAUGUUGAAAUUGCUCAAAAGAAAUAUCCAGUUGAUUACAAUGAAUCAAUGAAUACUGUACUAGUUCAAGAAAUGGAGAGAUUUAACAAAUUGCUUAAUGAAAUAAAUAAUUCCCUUAUAGAUCUUCAAAAAGCGGUAAAAGGACUUAUCGUUAUGUCACCUGCCUUAGAUUUACAGUCAAAUGCAAUGCUCCUAGGAAAAAUACCGGAUAAUUGGCGUAAAGUUUCCUAUCCUAGUUUGAAACCAUUAACAAGUUAUGUUGCUGAUUUUAUUGAACGCUUAAAUAUGUUAGAAGACUGGUAUCAAAACGGUAAACCACCAACAUUUUGGCUAUCUGGUUUCUUUUUCACACAAGCCUUUCUCACCGGUUCUGUUCAAAACUUUGCUAGAUCAAAAAAAAUACCUAUAGAUUUACUCACAUUUGAUUUCGAGGUCCGUAAAGUUGAUUAUGAAGUUACUCCUCCAGAAUGGGGAGUGUAUGUACAAGGUUUAUUCAUGGAUGGUGGACGUUGGGAUCGAGAUACAUUUGCCAUUGGAGAACAAUAUCCCAAAAUAUUAAAUGACAAUAUGCCAGCACUUUGGCUGUAUCCAAAAUUGAAAAAUGAAUUUAAAGAGGGGACCCGAUAUAAAUGCCCCCUCUACAAAACAUUGGAAAGAAAAGGUGUUCUGGCGACUACAGGUCACUCGUCCAAUUUUGUGUUGGCAUUUUUUUUGCCUUCUGAUAAACCUUCUGCGCAUUGGAUCAAAAGAAGCGUGGCAUUGCUAUUACAACUAGACAAUUAACAAUACAUGCAGCACCGUAAUAUUUUUUAACUUAUAUUUAAUAAGCCGGUUUGUAUAAAUUAAAGAUACUUAUUUAUCGUUUCUAUUGUUAAAAUGUCAAUUGUUUCUUACUUCU